CACAGUUAGUUUUCCCUAGAACGACUUAUUCAAGGCCAGGGGCUAUGUCUUACUCCUUUUUUUAAUGUCCCCAGGGAUUAGCUAGUUCUUGGGAAACAACGGGGACUCAAAAUAGUUUGCCAAGUGAAUGAUUGAGAGGUCCAAUCAAGCUACUACUUCCCUUCAGUGCUGCACAGUGCAGCAAAUAACCAGCUCAGAUAUGGGUUCAAAGACCACAGGUUUCUCCUUGGACAGCUCAGCUCUCCUCAUAACUCCAUAGUAUGGAGUGGUUGCAUCCGGAAGAGGGGGAGGAAGUUCCAAAUACUAAAUAAUCCAGGUUUGGGUUGGAAAACAAGGUUGAAGUUACUCAUUAGCAGGUGAAAGGGUCAAGGGUCGAAUGCAAGGGAGCUGAAAGCAGAGUGGACUGAGCAGCCAGUAGGGGAGAGCAGUUAAGGCACACACAGCACCAGCUCCCUCCUGCCUGAAGAUGUUCCACCAAAUUUGGGCAGCUCUGCUCUACCUCUAUGGUGUUAUCCUUAACUCCAUCUACCAGUGCCCUGAGCACAGUCAACUGACAACUCUGGGCGUGGAUGGGAAGGAGUUCCCAGAGGUCCACCUGGGCCAGUGGUACUUUAUCGCAGGGGCAGCUCCCACCAAGGAGGAGUUGGCAACUUUUGACCCUGUGGACAACAUUGUCUUCAACAUGGCUGCUGGCUCUGCCCCGAUGCAGCUCAACCUUCGUGCCACCAUCCGCACAAAAGAUGGGCUCUGUGUGCCCCGGAAAUGGAUCUACCACCUGACUGAAGGGAGCACAGAUCUCAGAACUGAAGGCCGCCCUGACAUGAAGACUGAGCUCUUUUCCAGCUCAUGCCCAGGUGGAAUCAUGCUGAAUGAGACAGGCCAGGGUUACCAGCGCUUUCUCCUCUACAAUCGCUCACCACAUCCUCCCGAGAAGUGUGUGGAGGAAUUCAAGUCCCUGACUUCCUGCCUGGAUUCCAAAGCUUUCUUACCGACUCCUAGGAAUCAAGAGGCCUGUGAGCUGCCCAGUAACUGACCUGUAACUUCGUCUAAGUCCCCACAUGGUACAAUGGGAGCUGAGUUGUUGAAGGGAGAAGCUGGAGACUUCCAACUCCCAUUCAAGAUAAUAAAGAUGAUUUUUCAAUCCUCA